UUGCAGAAGCAGUACUUUGCAUUACGUACAGCACAUGCAGAUAAGUUAGCCGAACUGAACAAAAGGCCGUCAAAUGCCUUGCCAUCAAGAAAGGAGAUUGUCGAUUCGUUGAAGAGUGGAGAAGAAUAUGACGUUUUAGUAAUUGGCGGUGGCGCCACUGGCGCCGGAGUCGCCUUGGACUCUCAAACACGAGGACUGAAAACUGCACUGGUAGAACUGGACGAUUUCUCGUCGGGUACCUCAUCAAGGAGUACAAAACUGAUUCAUGGAGGUGUACGAUACCUUCAGGCAGCUAUUAUGAGAGCAGACUAUGAGCAAUAUCGAAUGGUCAAGGAAGCCUUAUUUGAACGAGCAAACUUAUUGGAAAUUGCACCUCAUCUCAGUGGCCCACUACCUAUUAUGCUGCCUAUUUAUAAACUGUGGCAAGUACCUUACUACUGGGUUGGUAUUAAGUGUUAUGAUCUUUUAACAUUCGACAAGCAAUGGAAAUGGUUCCCUAUGUUGAAAAGCGAAUCGCUCAAGGGUGCUUUGAUAUACUACGACGGUACGCACAACGAUGCUCGAAUGAACUUAGCGAUAGUCCUGACGGCCAUAAGGCACGGAGCGAAGAUGUCCAACAAUGAAUGGGACAUCAAAGCGAAAGCUGUCGUUAACGCCACCGGACCGUUCACCGACACGAUCCGCGUAAUGGCCGAUCCGAACACGAAGCCGAUUUGUGCCCCUAGUUCCGGUGUGCAUAUAGUGUUGCCAGGAUACUACAGUCCGUCGAGUACCGGGCUUUUGGAUCCGGACACCUCAGAUGGCCGCGUGAUUUUCUUCCUGCCAUGGGAACGUAUGACUAUUGCUGGAACGACAGAUAAACCGUCCGAGGUCACAUUGUCUCCCAUCCCGACAGAUGCUGACGUUGAAUUUAUUCUGAAGGAGAUCCGCGGAUAUUUGUCCAAAAGUGUAUCUAUUCGACGUGGUGACGUGAUGAGUGCAUGGUCAGGACUACGACCACUUGUGCGUGACCCGAACAAGAAGGACACGAAGAGUAUAGCCAGAAAUCAUAUCAUAGAGAUGUCGGAUUCCGUUUGGUUACCAAUUGCGGGAAUGAAAAUGGAAACCCACAGACAGCCACAUGGCUGA